AUUUUAUACGUCCUGUCAUGAGAGUUGUAUUGUAGAUGUACCCAUGGUAAACGUAAUUCCUGUACUUGGGUUCCUAUCCGUAGUAUCAGACGCAUCUGUAUCUCCUAAGGAAGUGUCAAGUUUUUAGAAGAGCGGCGUGUGUGAACCUUGUUAAUGUGGUCAUGGCUGAAAAGGGUGUGUAAAGAAACAGUUCACAUACUUUGUUAACAAGAAAGGAUGUCUGAUAAAACUGCUCUGCUAUCAUUACACCAGUCAUUAAGGAGAUGCUUCGGGGUCGUACAGCAGCAAGAGAUUAUAUGGAAUGAUUGUCUUAAAGAAUGUACUCCCCUCCUCAGCUCUCUAGGUAAUCUGGGAGAACAACUUCAGGCUUGUUACAGUGUCACAUUUGAAAAUACUCCUUUAAAGGAUUUCCCAGACCUGAAAGAUCGCCUUAAACAUAAACUUACUUUGGCUAUGGAAACAAUCUUUGAAAAACUUGGUGAGAAAAUGAGUUGUUUACAGAAAGUGAGAGAUACAGUAAGCAAUCAAGUGACUGCAGUUUUCCAGCAUUAUGACCAGCUUUCAGCUGCAUUUACAGUCGAUGAAACUUUUGAGCGUUCCACCCUUACACCUUCUUUGGCUGAUAUGUUAGAAUGGUUGCAAGAUAUAGAGCGAUUCUAUAGAAGAGAGUAUCCUUUACUUUAAAAAGAAAUCAUACACACUU